AUAUUUUUCAUUUACGAAGCAUCCAUCAGGGCUAUAGCCCGGAGGUAUAUCCAAAGCAUCGUGUUUGGAGCUGAUAGAUCGAGCGGCGGAAGCGCUCGGCAGUAGAUGGCGGAGGAGAAAUAUAAUCGGAGGAAUCCGGCGGUGAAGCGGAUCCUCCAAGAGUUGAAAGAGAUGCAGUCAAAUCCCUCAGACGAUUUCAUGAGCCUUCCCCUAGAGGAAAAUAUAUUCGAGUGGCAAUUUGCGAUUUUGGGACCUCGCGAUUCGGAGUUUGAAGGAGGGAUCUAUCACGGAAGAAUUCAGUUGCCUGCAGAUUACCCGUUCAAGCCCCCUUCCUUCAUGCUGCUAACUCCAAAUGGGCGUUUUGAGACUCAGACAAAGAUAUGCCUGAGCAUAUCUAACCAUCAUCCUGAGCAUUGGCAGCCGUCAUGGAGUG